AAAGUAUUUUCGAAGCUUUUCAGGGACUUGCUUAUGCCGCAAACUUUGGCGCUAUUGGAACCCUAUGUGUACGAUGGGCUCCAUUGACUGAACUGUGUAACACGCAUGGUGGAUGGCCUCUAGCCUACUACAGUCACGCAGCAUUCUGCUUUGUAGUCUUUAUACUUUGGAUAGCAUUAUACCAAGAUGAUCCACAAUAUCAUCAAUGUGUCAGCGAAAAGGAAUUGGCAACAAUUCAAAAGGAUAAAACCAGGGCGCAUAUCGAACGUGACAGCUUUGUUCCUUACAAGCAACUUCUCUCAAACAAAGUAAUAUGGAUUGUAUGGUUUAACGCAUUCGUUGAAAUGGUGGCCGUGACUUUGGUGCUAACGUACGCCCCUAUGUACUUCCAUAAAAUUCUUGGAUACGAUAUUGGAAUAACAGGUAUGAGAUGA